CAGACAGGAGCAUGUGGACAUCCUGUUGUAGCUGGUCCUGUUUGGAACCCACCGCCACAGUGGAUGAAAACGGCAGCUCAUGGCGCCAGGCCUACACAAACUCGGGCAACAGCCAAUCCCCGACCUCUCCCGAACAUUUGUGCAAGGCCUGCGGGGGCCAUUUUGACACCAUCGCUAUAAAGGUAAGAGGCACUGAACCAAUGGGUAAAACCCUGAUUAAUAUUGUAAAGGAGGGCCGGCUGGCCAGCUCUCGUCUGGAAUGUGGGUAGCAGAGUGAGACUUGAAACUCUGGAACAGCAUAGACCCAAGAGGAUUUGAUAAAGAUGUGCUGCUACAGACUCCAAAGUAACAGAUUUCCUUGUCAACAGAGUUACUAGAAUUUAGACUUCUAUGAUUCACAGAUUCACGAUAUCAGUAACUGGGCCUGUACUAGUCAGUCUUAAAACACAGUGAUGCUCACAUUCUGGAAUGUGCAAUACAGCAGUGGACUACACUUCUAGAAUAGAGACUGUAUUUCUGAGUCAAUCAAAGCAGGAAGUUGAGGGCUGUUUAAAUCACUAGCAAAUGUAGGUUGGGGAUUUCUCCUCCAACAGGCCUUGCCCUCCUGACAUGUUUGCCUGCCAGUUGCCAAACACAAGCUCACCUGCAAAGUAAACAACAGCCACGUGUUUAAUUGCCUGUUAUAUAACUUAUUACUGUACUUACAUCUAGGGCAGUCCCGGACUGAAAAAAAUCUUGGUCGACCGAAAGCCGUCUGUUCUUUUGACCAAUCGAUUGGUCGAAAUUUUGAAAGGUGUAUUUUUCGAUAUGUAUACACACCCUAUGUGUUUUAAUAAAAUCAACUAUAUGCUUGUCUGAUGCUGUUUGAUGAAAUCAGACACAAAUUACUCAAGAGGGAGCCAGAGAUCAAGAUAACCAGAAGAGAAAAACCUGACCGACCAUCCUCCUCCUGCUGGCUUUUGCAGAUUCUGCCGUUACUCUCCUGAAGUUGCCGGUAAUAGGCUACACGAGGAGUCAGCAAUCUUUCUCAUGUGGAAUGCCAAUUUAUCUUACAAUUUCUACCGAUCUGCGUGCCACUUAUGGUAUUCAUAUGCAGCUUUUCGUGGAACAGUUUAAUUGAAUUUAUAAUAACACUUUCGAAUCUCAAAAUCAUUGUCAUGUGGUUAAUCAAAAUUCUAUCAAAAUCUAAAUGAAAAUGAUAAACCUAAAAAGUAUUGCCAUUGCCAAAUAAGUAAAAAUAGCCUACAUAAAGCCAACAAAUAAAAACAUUGCAGCCUGCAGGUAGAAAAUAUCCUGAUAAAAAUAAAUAUCCUAUACAGUGCCUUGCAAAAGUAUUCAUCCUCCUUGGCGUUUUUUCUAUUUUGUUGCAUUACAACCUGUAAUUUAAAUGGAUUUUUAUUUGGAUUUCAUGUAAUGGACAUACACAAAAUAGUCCAAAUUGGUGAAGUGAAAUGAAAAAAAUAACUUGUUUCAAAAAAAGAAAUAAAGGAAAAGUGGUGCGUGCAUAUGUAUUCACCUCCUUUGCUAUGAAGACCAAAGAGCUCUCCAAACAGGUCAGGGACAAAGUUGUGGAGAAGUACAGAUCAGGGUUGGGUUAUAAAAAAAUAUCUUAAACUUUGAACAUCCCACGGAGCACCAUUUUAAAUCCAUUAUAAUUUUUUUGGAAAGAAUAUGGCACCACAACAAACCUGCCAAGAGAGGGCUGCCCACCAAAACUCAUGGACCAGGCAAGGAGGGCAUUCAUCAGAGAGUCAACAAAGAGACCAAAGAUAACCCUGAAGGAGCUGCAAAGCUCCACAGCGGAGAUUGGCGUAUCUGUCCAUAGGACCACUUUAAGCCGUACACUCCACAGAGCUGGGCUUUACGGAAGAGUGACCAGAAAAAAGCCAUUGCUUAAAGAAAGAAAUAAGCAAACACGUUUGGUGUUCGCCAAAAGGCAUGUGGGAGACUCCCCAAACAUAUGGAAGAAGGUACUCUGGUCAGAUGAGACUAAAAUUGAGCUUUUUGGCCAUCAAGGAAAACGCUAUGUCUGGCGCAAACCCAACACCUCUCAUCACCCCGAGAACACCAUCACAACAGUGAAGCAUGGUGGUGGCAGCAUCAUGCUGUGGGGAUGUUUUUCAUCGGCAGGGACUGGGAAACUGGUCAGAAUUGAAGUAAUGAUGGAUGGUGCUAAAUACAGGGAAAUUCUUGAGGGAAACCUGUUUCAGUCUUCCAGAGAUUUGAGACUGGGACGGAGGUUCACCUUCCAGCAGGACAAUGACCCUAAGCAUACUGUUAAAGCAACACUUGAGUGGUUUAAGGGGAAACAUUUAAAUGUCUUGGAAUGGUCUAGUCAAAGCCCAGACCUCAAUUCAAUUGAGAAUCUGUGGUAUGACUUAAAGAUUGCUGUACACCAGCGGAACCCAUCCAACUUGAAGGAACUAGAGCAGUUUUGCCUUGAAGAAUGGGCCAAGCUUAUAGAGACAUACCCCAAGAGACUUGCAGCUGUAAUUGCUGCAAAAGGUGGCUCUACAAAGUAUUGACUUUGGGGGGGGGGGGGUGAAUAGUUAAGCACGCUCAAGUUCUCUGUUUUUUUGUCUUAUUUCUUGUUUGUUUCACAAUAAAUAAAUAAAUAUUUUGCAUCUUAUAUUUUAAUUCUAGGUUGUAAGGCAACAAAAUAUGGAAAAAUGCCAAGGGGGGUGAAUCCUUUCGCAAGCCACUGUAAAUCACAUUGGCUACACAUGGCCUGUCUGCAACGAACUUGAAACAUUGUAUCAACUAUCAACUUGGGUCCAGCCCGAAGCUCAUGCUAGCAAACUUGCAACAUUGUAUAAAAUAUUUUGGGCCUUCAGAAUUUCCUGCACCAGUGAGCUCGGGACAGACACAGCUGUCAGCUAUUUUGUGCAAGGGAUAAGAACUCAUCAGGUAGACCUAUUUUAUGACGUUUCCACUCGAUCAGAGCAUGUCAUUUUUCCCUUUCAUGCCAAGGGGUUAUCAAAAGGGAGAGCUGGAAAGAUUUUUGAAAUACAUUGAGGAACUAUUGUCAUUCUCAAUGGAUUUAAAAACAGACUUCGUUUGCUUGCUGUUUGAGGUGAAGAAAACAUUACUUUGAGUAGCUCCACAGCUCAUUAGUGGUGGUGCGUUAAGCCAAUCAGAAAUACUAUCACAUCCCCAAAUGGGAACACUUCUAUGCCUACAUUUGCUUGCAGUCCAGGCAGCCUAUAGGCCUACUUCUAUGUGUAAUCAGGUGUGCGUCCUUACUCAACAUUGACAGUAGCGCUCCAAACAAAAGACAGACUAAAUUGACAAAACUCGUAAAUGGAAUGAAAUAAACCAAAACUUGUUUCUCACAAGUGUAGCAUAGGUUGUGGGUUCUGCAAACAACGUGUCCACUCUGACAAUGAGAACAGUAAAAGACUGGAAUAAUAAUAUAUUGAAUGCAUUAACAGAAAUUACCAUAACCAAACAAACAUUGUAGAUUAGGAAUUAAUGGUAAAUGUAGGCUACUACUGGUGAUAUAUGUCAUGGGGAAUUGAUAGACACUAACAAUCAAGGCAAACAAUUCACUCAAUUAAGUUAUGAAACAAUGAAUGUGCACAAAUUGGCAGGGAGAGUGCAUUCUGGAGAGAGACGUGCAUUUUAGCCACGCUCCCCUUCUUCUUGGACUGUGCCAUCGACGCGGCCUCCGCAAUGGAAUAGUCUCAGUGUCACGUUCGUUUUUAUAGAUAGGAAGGACCAAGGCGCAGCGUGAUAUGCGUACAUGUUUAUUUAUAUAGAAUAAACACCACAACGACAAAAUAACAAAUGAAACGAAACGUGAAGUCCAAGGUAGCAUACAAACAACAUACCUACACGGAACAAGAUCCCACAACCCACUAGUGCCAAUAGGCUGCCUAAGUAUGGUCCCCAAUCAGAGACAACGAGCUACAGCUGCCUCUGAUUGGGAACCAUCCCGGCCAACAUAGAUCUACACAUUCUAGAUCUAAACAUAGAAAAUCAACAUAGCAAAACACAACACAGAAAAUACACACCCUGACUCAACAAAUACGAGUCCCCUGAGUCAGGGCGUGACACUCAGCCUCCGCAAUGGAUUAGUGUCAGCCUCCGCAAUGGAUUAGUUCACUGAGAUGGGCGCGAAUCAGACAGGUGUCUCGUGUGCAAUAAAAUGUUUUAUAUAUAUACACUACCGGUCAAACGUUUUAGAAUACCAAGUCCAUAUUAUGGUAAGAACAGCUCAAAUAAGCAAAGAGAAACGACGGUCCAUCAUUACUUUAAGACAUGAAGGUCAGUCAAUAUGGAACAUUUCAAGAACUUUUACAGUUUCUUCAAGUGCAGUCGCAAAAACCAUCAAGCACUAUGAUGAAACUGGCUCUCAUGAGGACCGCCACAGGAAUGGAAGACCCAGAGUUACCUCUGCUGCAGAGGAUAAGUUCAUUAGAGUUACCAGCCUCAGAAAUUGCAGGCCCAAAUAAAUGCUUCACAGAGUUCAAGUAACAGACACAUCUCAACAUCAACUGUUCAGAGGAGACUGUGUGAAUCAGGCCUCCAUGGUCGAUUUGCUGCAAAGAAACCACUACUAAAGGACACCAAUAAGAAGAAGAGACUUGCUUGUUGGUGUUGGUGAACGGAUGAUCUCUGCAUGUGUAUUUCCCACCGUAUAGCAUGGAGGAGGAGAUGUUAUGGUGUGGGGGUGCUUUGCAGGUGACACUGUCUGUGACUUAUUUAGAAUUCAAGGCUCACUAAACCAGCAUGGCUACCACAGCGUUCUGCAGCGAUAUGCCAUCCCAUCUGGUUUGGGCUUAGUGGGACUAUCAUUUGUUUUUCAACAGGACAAUGACCCAACACACCUCCAGGCUGUGGUAAGGGCUAUUUUACCAAGAAGGAGAGUGAUUGAGUGCUGCAUCAGAUGACCUGGCCUCCACAAUCCCCCGACCUCAACCAAAUUGAGAUGGUUUGGGAUGAAUCGGACCGCAGAGUGAAAGAAAAGCAGCCAACAAGUGCUCAGCAUAUGUGGGAACUCCUUCAAGACUGUUGGAAAAGCAUUCCAGGUGAAGCUGGUUGAGAGAAUGCAAAGGGUGGCUACUUUGAAGCGUACCAAAUAUAAAAUAUAUAUUGAUUUGUUUAACACUUUUGGUUACUACAUGAUUCCAUAUGUGUUAUUCAUAGUUUUGAUGUCUUCACUAUUAUUCUACAAUGUAGAAAAUAUUACAAAUAAAGAAAAACCCUUGAAUGAGUAGGUGUUCUAAAACUUUUGACCGGUAGUGUAUUUGCUACUGCUUGACAAAAAAAAAUCUAUCGACCAAAUAAUCGGCCAGUCGACUAAUUGGGGUCAGCCCUACUUACAUCACCAGUUUACAUGGAACUGCCAGUUUACAUGGAAGUAAGAUCUCAUCUUUGCUAUACAUUUGCCAAGAGCUGUGGGCCAGAGGUUACAAUUAUUUCUGUGAGAAGUGUUUGAAUAAGUUUUAGUACAGUAUAGAUGCGGUAAAGAGGUCAUUGGAACGCAGACCGUGGGGGAUAGGAGGACGCCAGAUUGGCAUACAUUCAACAAAUCUGAUCUGACAAAGUGAAUAUUCGUCAAAUCCGUCAAGAUUGAUGGAUUGUAACAGGCCCAUAAUGUGGUUACUAAAGUCCGAUUUGGAUAUGUUGGCUGUUUUUGCUGCAUAACAUUUAGAAGUAGUCCAUUUUCAGGUUUAGAAGAAGUGACUGGUAAAUGCUAACUCCCGUUCGUAUAAGCUGGUAGCAUAGCUAGCAUAGAGAAAUUGGUGGUGGUAGUCAAAGUCGUAUUUAACUGUAAUGCAGUUGAUUGGUGACGAUGACAUGAACAUUUUAUUGAGGUUGACAACCAUACAAGCAUUGUACUCUGAUUUUUGACUCAACAUAGUGUGAAAUACACAUACUGUAUAAACAAUAGCCUAAAUGGAGGCUAAUUUUGUUGGGGGGCAAUGAGGAGAUUCCGGAUCUUUCCCCCAUGCGUUUCCAUGGCAUUUCCAUUGUUUUGGUCGAGUUCCGUUGACCUCUUUACCGCGUCUAUGGCUAACACUUUUGAUUCAACUUCUCAACAAUAAGGUUCUAGUCUAGUGCUCAGCUGGAACAAAAGCCUGUGCGGUGUACACACACUGAGUGUUAUUCUGUCGCAACCCUUAAUGUGACCGUUCAUUCCUUGGUAAGAGUUUCACCCUCACCGUGUCUUGUCCUCCCCUCUCUCUACCCCAGCAUGUCUGUGUGGACUGCAAGAAGAACUUCUGUGGCCGCUGCUCGGUGCAGCUGGAGCCGCCACGCCCGCGCCUCUGCCACACAUGUCAGCGCUUUCAUGGAACCCUCUUCGACCGCGCCCAGUUGAUGCGACUCAAGGUGUGCCGCUGCUCUUUUUUUGUGUAUAUAAAAAAAAAUAGCCAAAUAAGGACAAAUGCAUUAGGUUAAGCUACAUGUCAAACUAUAUAUAUUGUAGCUAAGUCAGGUGAAAGCUGAAGCAGUAACACUUUUCAUUCUGUUACUCUUAUAUCUGUGUAAUAACACUUUAAUUACUCUAGUUACUAAAUUGUAUUAAGAUGUUGUCAAGAUGACAUGAUGUUGUUACGUAAGUACUUUAGUAACUGCAUUAUACGUAUAGUAAUAUAGUUGAGCUUUUUUUGUAAUUACACAAGGAGUAGGAAAAAUGUAAAUAGUGUGCGUCAGAUGAAAUUCAACAAUAACCCCAACAACUAGGUGCGGGAGCUGCGCGACUACCUCCACCUGCACGAGGUGCCCACCCAGACGUGCAGAGAAAAGGAGGAGCUGGUUGAGCUGGUCCUGGGCCAGCAGACCCCCAGCACGAGCAGAAGCAGUGAGACUGUAUCCUCCCAGCCCGGGGCUCACAACAACAUCCCCUCCUCAGACACACCGUCCCCUCCCCAGACACAGGGCCCUACUAGCCCCGACACAUUGAGCCCAGAGCAGCCAGAACAAUCAGCCCCUGAGGCAGAGCCGGAGUCAGAGCAGAUCUCUGAGGAGGAGGAUGAUGAAGAAGAAGAGGAGGAUGAUGAUGAAGAGGUAAACUCUAAGUUCAAGGUUUUGGAAUAGAUUUAAUCAGUAGCUGUUCGAUGGAUGGAUGCUUAUGACCACCAAGGGGAUAAUGUCAGACAGCAGCAGAGACAGACGCAAAGACCAGACAAAAUACAAUGUUAUUAUGAUUCAUCAAGUUGUCCCUGUUUUUAAUUUAGCAAACCACUGUUGUUGACAAACUCAAAGACGCAACAAAAUAUACACUGGCCAAACAAAAGUAAAACCAGACAAAAUUCAAAUUAUUAUUCUGACCCACCUCUAUUGUUGUCCUGUUCCUGCAGUCAUCGGACAGCGAGGAGACCCUGAUGCCCGGCCGCAGGGCCUCUCUGUCUGACCUGAGCCGCGUGGAGGACAUCGAGGGCCUGAGCGUGCGCCAGCUUAAGGAGAUCUUGGCCCGCAACUUUGUAAACUACAAAGGCUGCUGCGAGAAGUGGGAGCUGAUGGAGAGGGUCACCCGCCUCUACAAUGACCAGAAGGACCUCCAGAACCUAGGUGAGCAUUUCCAGGAUGUGGUCCUGUGAGGCUCAUUUGGUAAAAGCGCUAGCAAUCCCAGGGAAGUGGAUGCGAUUUCCUGCUGGGGUCACAUGUAUUAAAAAGUAUGCACUCACUGUAGGCUACUGUAAGUGUCUGCUAAAUGGCGUAUACUGUAUUAUAUCUGGGGAUGACUGAUUUGUUGUUUCUUUUUUCCAGUUUCAAAUACAAAAAAUGAAGAAGGUAAGGGUCUUGUUUCAAGUUCAAAAUACAAGAGAAUCGUGAUCAACAGCAUUUUACUGCCAAAGGGCUUGAACACAAUUUGAGAAACACUUGAAGUUCAUGUAAAUCAAGCACUGAUCCGAAGUAAAAAUGUGGUCCCACAAUGCUGAAAUGUAUCCCGUUAUGGGCAACCUGCCAAAUAUGAAACAAUGAAAAAUGACCCAAAUAGAGUUAUUUAGAACCCACUCAAUAGAGACCUCUCCUCUUUCCCCUGUCGUUGUGCCAUAGACCCAGCGGCUCCCAAGAGCCAGGAGGAGAACAUCUGUCGGAUCUGCAUGGACUCUCCCAUUGACUGUGUGCUGCUGGAGUGCGGCCACAUGGUCACCUGCAGCAAGUGUGGCAAGCGCAUGAGCGAGUGCCCCAUCUGCAGGCAGUACGUGGUACGGGCGGUGCACGUCUUCAGGUCCUGA